AUGAAUUCCGAAAACGUAACGGAGAUAAAUGCAAGCACCAAGGAUCAAGUGGAGGAGAAACCGAAGCCAGUGCAACCGGAAACACCGAAAACCCCAUCGCUGCCGGUUAGCAGCGUCAUUGGCUUUAACACCGAAGACUUCCUGGCACGCGUCAAUAUGAAUGAGAAGAUCAAUAACAUUCUACGCUCGCCCACCAAGGCCCCGAAUGGAGUGCGCCAACGUUCUGUCUUCACGGCCAUAACGCCAUCAUCGUCUCGCUUCAAUGCCAGCGCUGCUCCGUUUGUUUCACAGCAACAACGCUCAUUGGUCUCUGCCGGCAAUACCGGGUCUGGUGGUGGCGGCAUGACACCGAAGGAGACGUCCACACCAUCGGCCGCACUCCAGGCGCGUCAAAUGUCCAUUCCGGUGCACAUGAGUGCUGCCUCACCGCAUCACUACGGCGGCUAUGAAUCUCCAUUAACGGGACGCAGUGGUGGCAUGACAAGGGGCGUAUUCAACGCUCGCUAUCCUGUAGCGCCACCACCAUCGCCGAUUUACGGAUUUGAGAACGAUAUCUGCCGCAUGCCGACUGCAAUGUCACCUUCGCAUCAUGCCCAACAAUUCCCUCAACCGAUGCCGCCACCACCUUAUGCUGUGGGGCGUUUGAGCGGUAGUCACCGUGGUGCCGAGUACGAGAACCCCACACCACCACCCUGCCCAGGAGCGGGUCCAAUUGCUAUGACUAACGGCACCAUUCAGCUGCGUCUGCGCGAUGGAAUACGCAUCGAUAUGACAUUGGACAAAGCUGUACGCGUUCUGAAUCAACGCAGCAUGGUGGCCAUUGCAUUGUCACGCAAUUGCAGCAACUCGGCGCUAAUCCAUCCAAAUGGACGCAUAUUGCAAAGCGGCUCCAAGGUCGAGAUUGUCACCUAUGACGGCAUGAAGACCAACAACUAUGUCCGCUAUGCCAAAAUGUGGUACAAGGGCGUGAGUUUCACCAGCGAAUCUUGCGCGUUGAUCUAUCUCGUCGACACAGCUGGCACACGCACCACCACCGACACCUUCACUGAUCUCACGAAGGACUACACUUUGACGGUGUUUUAUGAUGACUCGCGCCAUGGUCCAUCCUAUGUGCAAGAUGCUAAUGAAGUUAUACAAAACUCCACAUACUCAUGCACCGAUGAAGGCACUGAAAUCUACGAGAUAAAUGGCUUCCGUAUCACUCAAGCUGCUGAUGGGCUCGUGAAGUUAACACGCACGCAUAACAAGUGCUUGAUUCGCACCAGUCCAGGUAAUGGUUCGGCCACUUUGACUACUCCGGGAAUUCAUUGCACAGCCUCUUUGGGCAAAACAUCGCAUUUGUUUGUUCGUCGCAACGAGAAACGUAUGCACUUUGAUGGUUCGUGCUUCAUCGUACGCAAUGCAGGCCACUCGGCCGGAUUCAACGAGAAUAAUUUGUUGAUCGUUUAUUAA